UACUGACUUUAAGAGUGCGGAGUGCUGCUAAGUACCAUUGAAGUGAAGGGGAAACAACCAGUUAAUACAGGAUACAACGUACCUGCCACCACCGCCACGCCCAGACACGCACAACAGGAAAAGGGUGUUUGGGAUUAAGAGAUGGGUUAGAAUAGGGCAUUUCAGGGAUAGCAGAAUAGUGGGAAUAUCAGCAGAUUUAUACUUUUAUGUCUUCCCAAAUGCACAGGGACUUAGGGAAUUUUGUGUGUUAGGUUGGGGAGAGCAAAUACAAACCACCUAAUAUUAGUUCAGUCCCCAAAAUUCAUGCAAAAUGACGCACAUAUUUGAUUUUUUUUCUGGCCACGUGGCUGGAAGAAGGAUAUCAAUACUCAGUUUAACGAAAUGUUUAAUCUAAUUAGAUUGGGCAGGCUCUGAAGACGCCCCUUAUUAAAGCAACCUGCUAUCAGUCAGUCUUUUAGACAUAAAGGCCAAACUAACUGCUUUGCUUCAGUCUCACACACAUAUUAAUAAAAAAAGCAUAUCAGAUCUAAAUCUAACCAAAUGUAACCUGUUAGAUAGGGUAACUACCUCAAAAGUAUGGUAAAUACAAGAGACUAUCUUAUAUUUUGACUAUGGCUCUUAGAAGACUGACAUUAUUCAGUCAUGUCAGAGAAGAGGCCCUAAACCAACCUGGUGAUUGGUUGGCUGAAGCAAUAGAUGCACUAUGUACAGUAGGAUCCACAAAUACCUCACAACAAUAAAAUGUAGGAUUUGUUCACAUCAGUCAAUGAGAAACACAAUGAAGCAGACUAAGGCAAGUUUGGUUAAAUCUAAAAAAAAUAUACUGACACUAUUGUUAAUUUAUAACAGGUGGUGCAGGGAUUGAAAAGAUCAAAUAAUGAAAUAUAAGACAGAGAUAACCAUAUCUAUUUGCAUUAUAUUCUAUGAAACUGCAGUUUAGUGGAACAGGAGUUAGAAUUUAAACAUUAUAUCAGUACAAAGUACAAAUCUAGUUGAAAUCCAAAAUGAACACCAUAUUCUACUUAGAACAUUGUCUCAUAAUUUAAAUUGGCUUGUUACCAGGACCAGAGAGAAAUUCAACACAUUAUUGAUGGUUACAGAAAAAUCACAUUUAUGAAUACAUUACACAUUUUAAGUCACAGGAAGGUGAUCAAGAGAGAUAGCAUGUUGUCUUAAGCAACUCAGAAAUUGCAUGCAACACAAUUGUCUUGUCCUUGAAUCUUCAGCUUAUUUAUAUUUCUUGUUUGAGUGGCUUUUUUGACAAAGUUGCAUGGUAGAGUUGAUGUGAUCUUUCAUAUCAGUAGUUCGCUUUUUAUUUUAUAAUGCAUUUCCUGUUAUAAUGAAUGUAUUGCUUAUAAAUUUGAUUGGCUUUCUCAUCCUACUUAUUAUUUGUUGUUGAAUGUGUGUGUGUUCCACUUCUUUUUUGCAUGGUUGUUGUUGCAAUAUAAAUUCUACCCUUUAAGUAGUACACUUUGUCUGUGCCACCCAGCUGUGACGCACCAGGAACCUCACCGCCACACUCAGCAUGUCUCAACAGCGAUUGGAUUUGCCGUAUUUGGGUGAACCUGCUCAAGCAAGAUUGAUGCCGCGCUCAAUAGCCGGCAGUGUGUCAGCGCUCUCCACCACCUCAAGAAUCUCAAGAGUAUCUCAUGCCACUACCAUCCGCUCUGUGGCUUCCCUCACAGGCACACUUAAGACCAGGACUGGCCUGUCCAUCCCCAUUCUCCCUGAUGCUUUCAUCACCAAUGUGCAGCGAGGCUCCUUGAUUGCUGCCACGUAUUCUAUAAUUCAAGGACUUUUUGCCAUGGUGACUGGAUUGUUUGACAUCUAUGCCCUGUUUCUUGCUGCACCAGGCUCCAGUCGCUAUGGAUUCUACUUGUUCUCCUAUGACUUUGUGUAUGCAGGCAAUCAAAAUGUACGGAAUUCUUUGAUGUUGUUUGGAGGAAUAACUGCAGCUGGAGGACUGUCUCUCAUUGUGACCAGUGUGCUGUUGCUGCAAGGCCUCAGGAAGGAAAAUGAGAUGCGACUGGAGCCCUGGAUCUGGUGCAUGGCCAUCUUCACAGUGUGGCGGUCGCUUGUCAUCAUAUAUGCAUCAAUUGUCAAUGAUAUGGUCUUCACCUACCAUAUCCUCAUGUGCCUGCUCUGGAUUCUCUUUAUCCUUGGAAAUGUGUAUGCCUGGCUGGUUGUCCAUUCCUUUUAUCAUGAGCUGUGUGAAGUUACUAAGCUGGAGGAUGUUGCUAGAGUCAAGAUGGAGACUAUGAGCACCAUGGGGUACAGUUGUCCUACCACUCCUGGAGCACAAUCCACUUAUUCCACACAGAUGGAUUAUAAAGUCUAGAAUCUCUAUCUAGAUACAAUGUGUCCACUUAUGGAGGUAAUGAGCUCAUUUACUGCUUCGCGACCUACCACUCCUGGCACAAAGUCUGAUGCCACAUCCAAAAUGAUUGCCUGAGUAUUACAACUCUUAAGAAUCCAUUAUGGUGCAGCUUGAGAGUUUUUAAUGUUUGUUUGAAAAGCACAAACUGCAUUUGUAGAUCUGAUAAUGUUAGAAGAGUCCGUCCACAGCAUGAUUUAAGAUUUGUUUUAGUCUAAUGAUGUCACAUCUCAAAGUUUUAUUUUAUAUAACACUUAUAUAUAGAUUGGUAAAUAGAUAGAUAGGUAGAUAGAUAUCCUGAUUUGUAAGAGUUCAGUUGUUCAUAGUUGUGUAGUAACUUACUAGGUUAGAUACAAAAGACUUGUUUUCUUGGAAACUGCAGAAUUGUAACUUAUCUUCUAUCUAGAAACCAUUGUGGUGUGUGUUUGGCUCACAGCUGAAAGGUCCAGUAUUCAGAUCCUCAGUCAGGCACAUACUUAUGAGGUUUUCUGUAUUAGGGCUCAUGUUCACCUUGCAUAAUAGAUUAAUUAAAUUGUGACCAUUCAAGAAAGGGAACCAGCAACCUUCCUCGUAUAUAUGGUUACCAUAUCAGAAUUUUAGUUUUUUGCUUAAUACAAAGAGUACGUAUUCAAGGUGUGUGCACUAAUACUUGCAGCCUUGGGCCAUGCCUAUUAAGGAACAAAGUAUAAGCUAGGUUGAAGUUUAACAGUUACAGUUUUGCCAUUUCCAAGAGAUGUGUUAGUUCAUAAGAUUUCAUUCCAUUCCAUAAGGAACUUAUUCAGUAUUCAGUGCACAGAAAACAUAUUUUAGAAUCUUUAAUGGAUUCAUUUUGGUAGUAUUAACAUAUUUAAAUUAAUCUCUAACAAAUAAACUGCCAACAACGUCCAUCCAAACAGUCCGUCCAUGAAAUUAUAACUUAUUUUCUCAUGUAUAUUUUAAUAAAUGUAAUAAUUCUUA